UUUUCGCUCUCCCCCCUAGUUAAUAUCCCUUAAACGCGGCGAGCUGGUAGAAGUGGGUACAAUCAAUAUCACCCUAAUUUUAUGUCAUUUCUUUUGUUUCCCACCUUCGGCCUCAGAUCUAACAUCGAAAAUACGGCGUGGGAGAGGAUCCGCGCUCUCGCCAAACAAUGAGUGAGUCCAGCAUCUGCCAGGCUCGCGCCACGGUGAUGAUCUAUGACGAUGGUAAUAAAAAGUGGCUCCCGGCUGGCGCGGGAGCUCAGACCUUCAGCAGGGUGCAGAUCUACCACAACCCCUCCAACAACACUUUCAGAGUGGUGGGACGCAAGCUGCAGGCAGACCAGCAGGUGGUAAUAAACUGUCCAAUCGUGAAGGGGCUGAAGUACAACCAGGCCACGCCCAACUUCCACCAAUGGAGGGAUGCCCGGCAAGUGUGGGGGCUCAACUUCGGGAGCAAGGAAGAUGCAGCGCUCUUCGCCAACGGCAUGAUGCACGCCCUGGAGGUGCUGAGUGCUAUGGGAGACACAGGCUCCACCCGCCCUGUGCAGAAUGGACCCUCCCAAGAGGAGCUGGAGCAGCAGAGGAGGCUUGAGCAGCAGAGGCAGGAGCAGCUGGAAAGAGAGCGUCUGGAGAGGGAGAGACAAGCGGCGGCUCCGCCCACCCCCCCGCCAGCUCCGCCUGCUGCCCCGCCUCCGCCUGCCGGGGGCCCACCUCCCCCGCCGGGACCCCCUCCACCCCCAGGACCCCCGCCGCCACCUGGACCCCCGCCUCCCCCCGGGAGUGGACCCCCACCUCCCCCACCCCUUCCCUCAUCUGAGGGCGGAGGAGGGGGAGGAGGGGGUGGAGGUGGGGGAGAUGGGGGCUUGGCUGCGGCCCUUGCUGGUGCCAAACUACGCAAGGUGGCCAAGCAGGAUGAUGGUGGUGCAGCCCCAGCAGCCAAGGGGAGCAGCGGAGGAGGAGGAGGAGGAGGAGGUGGGGGUGGAGGUGGAGGUGGUGGAGGUGGUGGAGGCGGAGGCCUAAUGGGAGAAAUGAGCGCCAUCCUCGCCAGACGGAAGAAAAUUUCAGAUAAGAAACCUGAAAGCAGUGACGAGCCACAUAAGCAGGAGGAUUCGGACUCCUCUGGGCCAAAGCCAGCUGGUCAGAGUGAUCCCCCCCGGAAACCUUGGGAGAAAUCUGCAACCAUGCCAAGGACUAACUCCGCCCCCAGCAAGGCUCAGGAUUCCGCCCCUUCUCCAACUUCAGCCCCAGCGUCCAGGGUAAAGCAUGCGGGAGCCAGUAAAGACACAGGAAGCAACGAGGAGUCUGAAAUGGAGAGAAUCAAACAGGACAUCCUGGAGGAAGUACGCAAAGAGCUUCAGAAAGUCAAAGAGGAGAUUAUUGGAGCCUUCCUGCAGGAGCUGCAGAAGCGGGACACAUAGUCCCACAGGAUGGACAGGAGGACAGCAGCUGGGAAAGAGAUGGGCUGUGGGCUUAGAGUACCGGGUGCAGCCUGUCUGUGAUGGUUUGUUUAGACCUGGAAGAGGGGCAUUUGUUCAGAUGAAGUGUCUUUUGCUGCCCCCACAUUGACGGAGUUUUCCCCAGUCCCAGGACACACCUUUGGCUCAUGGCAAUGCUGGUUUUACCUCAGGGAUGAGCAGGAUCAGUGCCCUGUCGACGCCAAAGCUGCAGGGUGCUGCUACAGUAGCACAGGCCAACUUAAGAGCGGAGGAUAAACCUUCUCAUUAUGUUCUCAAGCCUGUUCUCAUUAAAGCCAGGAAUAGUGGCAAUAAAGGGGGGAAAGCAAGGCACAAUAACAGAGGCAGGAUCAUAACCUAUACAACAACAAAAAAGUACUGUAAAGGAGAUGAAUGUUCAACAGUAGAUUAGUACACUCUAGAAUGGAGAGAGAGAUAGAGAGGGAACGCCAAAGAGAGAGAGGUUUGUAUGGAAGCAUAUCACUUGAUGUGACUGCUGAGUGCAGGUAACAUCUGUGCAAUCCGUUUCUUGUGUGUAGUUGUUGUGGGUGAGCUGUAUAUACAGCUGUAGAUCAGCUCAGUAUGGCUCCCUGCUACUCAUCUUGUGCCCCCACCCCACCCCUCAUUCUUGACUGAAACUUUUUUCUCUUGACUGAGACUUGUAUCAGAGAUCUAUGCUUUUAUUUUCUUGAGUUCUUUCUUCUAUGUGAGGCCUGUUUUACACAUGUAUAUUAAGAUAUAGAAAACAUUUGGGUAUAAAUAUGUUUUUUUUAGGGAAAUAAAAAAAAAAAAUGAGAUGCUAUUUCUAUUUUGAUUGAGAUCCCUGAUGCAGUUUAAUGUAUUUUGAUUUUGUUAUUGAAUCAAUUUCUCGUUAGCCUUUUUGAGCUGAAAUUUUGUCUAAAGAAAACAGUGCAAUAACACCUGUUAGAACUGCCUUCAUUGUGAAAUACAGCUGCUUCUUGUA